AUGUCCCGGACCUAUUUCCCCGGCAGCCAAGCCCGAUACAAUUACUACUUCGCCCACGGGGAACAUCCUCUAAAAUAUUCCGUCCUUUCGGAGGAGCUACUCGGCUGGCGGUGGCCGUCCCCCGACUCUCCUCCUUCUCGCACAUCCAAGGCCCCGGACAUGCUUGCUCCUCACGAAUGUGCUGAGGCGCGCCCCUCGCACAGCGUCGUCCCGCACUCCCGGCCUGUGGCUCCGCGCAACUCGCCACCCAAGUCGCCCGGCCGCGCCUGCCCCAACGAGGACCCCAAACCCAAUGCUGCAAACGAGCACGCACACACACCCCUCUCAGCCUCUACGUCACCCAAUGCCGCUGCUUCACCUGUCCAUAGAAACGCUUCAGCCCCCGCUCAAAACCCCAAGGAUCUUGAGAACUUGGAAGUCAGCAAAGGUAAAGAAAACGUCGCUCAAGACUUAAGCUUAGACAAGCUCGUCGAAGGCGUCUCCGGAUCCCACAAGGACGUGAAUGAGCCUCCUCCAUCGAGGAAGCGCAAGGUCAUCCUCAUCUUACCGAAAAUCAUCGACGCCAGCGCCCCCCAUAAAGCUGGAGACGCCUUCGCCUCACCUCCCAGGAAAAGCAAGCGCGGACCCGCUGCCGCUGCCGAUGGAAAGGGAAAGACGAAGAGAAUCCGGCGAAAAUACACGGAUCGCGAAGACGACGACGGGGUGAAAUAUAAGCAAUGUAACCUCUGUGAAGAAGCCAUAUACAAGAGUCAUAAGAAGCACGCCCCCGUCUGCGGUAAAGGUCUCCGAAAUGGGGCGCCAUCCCAUGCCGACGCUGCAACAGAUAGUAAGAUUCAAUGCUUCAUACUUCAUACCGUUGUCGAGCUUCUGACCAAAUAUUUUCAUUCGCCGUAG